GUCAAGAAAGUUGAUAGGUCUAUGUCAAAAUAGAUAUAUAAAUAAGGUCUUUGAUCUAUUUUGCAUGUCUAACUCGAAAAAGGGAUCCUUACCUAUGUUACCUGGCACGGCUCUUUCCAAAAGCCAGAGUCCUUCUCCUCCCGAGCAGAAGGAACUCGUGAUGAAGAAUGAGUCUUCUGAUGUUGAGACUGACAUCUUGUCAGUUAGUAUAAUUCUAAACGGCCUAUUGUUGGAAUGCAUGAGUUCAACCCUUUCUGUGUUGUUAAGUGUUGACUCACAGAGCCUCGCCGCCGCCAGUCGCUGCCCAGCGUCGCCCUUCCCCAGCCGGUCGCCGCCGCUGCUUCCUUCGCCAGUAGCCGCCGCCAUCAUCGCCGACGGGUGCAGCGCCGCCACGCCAAACGGAGGACGUCGCCAAACACCGGACGCCGCUGUUUCACCCUCGCCGGAAUCGAGCGCCGCCGUCGCCCUUAGCACAGCGGCCAUCCUCGCCGUCGAGUGCAACGCCGCUGUUCCGCCUUCGUCGGUCGUCCGCCGCCGUCGAUUGCAGCGCCGCCAGUCGCUGCUCACCGCUCUCGAGCUGCCGCUACGCCACUGUCGCCGGCGUCCGUCACCGUCGCCGCAUCCGGCCGCUGCCCCGAGUUGAUAUCGCCGGCAGAUUAACCUCCACGCCGGAUUGAUUGGUCGAUUUCGUAUUUUGACUCGAUUUGACCCGUUCGGUUGAUUUCGUUGAUUUGCCUUCCGUUCGAGCUAUCAAUUCGAUUUCGGCGUAAACCAGCUGCAGGGCCUGGUCAGUGAGGUUAAGACGUGCGCAUGAGGGUCUGCGAUCUUGGGUUUGAGGCCAUCGCCCGAGGGAUCCUACCUCCACCGAAUUGAGGCCAUCUUCGGUAUUACGGAUUGAGGCUAUCUCCGUCAUAGGCAAUAAAUGUUAAGUGGUUUGACUUUGGUGAAAGUCUAAAUUGGUUUGACCGGUGGUCAAAGAGUUAAUGGGAAACCCGUAACACCUAAAUCGUUUUGAAAAGAAAGAAAAUAAGUUGACAGUUGGUCAACCGUUUAAAGAACCGAAUGUAAAGUUGAAUUGAUUUUUAUUAAAAGGAUAAACAUAUGUACGAUCUUAAUUGUUGAAUUAUUAUGUUUAUUCUUGUGCUACAAUGGAGUACCACUCAGCGUCAAUGCUGAGCGGAUAGCGUUGUUUUCCUUUUUGUUGUCCGUAGGUGAUCAGACAGAUGAACCUAGAGCCGAUCCCAGAGGGCAUUGAGGAGGAGAUGUACGAUGGCGUGGCUGUCUCUUUAAUCUGUUGAUUAUGCUUUAUUUAAUUAACUUUAAUGCUUAUUACGUUUUCGGGCAAGAUCCCAAGUUGUUUGACUUUAAAAAAAGGCUUCCGCAUUA